CUUCAAUCUGAGCAGCUCUUCAGCAAAAAACAGUCCUUCCUUUCCUAUCCUUUUCGAACGAAGUAUCCAACUUCCUUCACUCCUUAAGAAACAAAAACCACAAUUCGGUUUACAACUCUCCUUUUACCAAAAAAACAGAACCAACUUCAUUCCUUUGAAAGACAAGAUGCCUUCCUUCACCUCUUCCCUCGGCUUCCUCGCCGCCACCGCCGCCACCGUCUCGGCCGCCGUCCUCCCCCGUGGCGGCACCGUCUCCGUCACCCCCCACGAGCAAUACUCGUCCUCCAUCGGCGUCCUCGGCUGCCACAUCAACACCAACCGCGUCGCCUACUGGCCCGGCGAUGUCGACUGCAACAACAUCUGCGUCCAGCUCACCUACCAGGGCCGCUCGCUCAACGUCCUCAAGAUCGACUCCUCCGGCGGCGCCCACGACAUCUCCUAUGAUGCCUGGAACACCCUCGUCUUUGGCCAGUCCGCCACCGUGGACCCCCAGCAGGGCGGCGGCAUCAACAUGGACUGGCAGUUUGUCGACGUCAGCCAGUGCGCCGACCUGCUGCACAACGGCAAGCUGCCCCUCAGUGCCGCCAACAGCGUCAACUACGUGGCCAACUGCCUGAACCAGCCAAGCUCAUUUGCUGCUCAGAACUACGAGUUCAUCAACAUCCUCGAUCCCGUGUGCCACUAUGGUUAUGACGAGGACUGCACCUUCAACCUGUCUGUGAGCAACCAGCCUAGCUGCCCUCACCAGCUCGGUGUCCCCAACACUCCCACUGGCGUGUCUGUUCAGAACAUCCAGUACGGCACUGGUAAAGUCUACACUGCCUAAGCAGCCAGCAACUGUAUAUAUCUAGCUGGCGCUUGCUGUGGUGAUUGUAUAUAGUCUCCUUACCUGCAUAUGAAAGAAAAGAAAAACUUGAUGGAAAUGUUGUCUUUUUUUGGGUUGUCUUGUUGAUCAUUAGCAACCAUUCUUGUAUAUAUAUUUGAACCUUCUUGUACAUAGCUACCUAUGCAUAUAAAACGUUUUCAGCAGAAAUGACCAGUCUCACUCGAGUGUAACACGUAAGAGAUAAAAGGGAAUCGAGUUGCCACAGCCCAAUAUAUGGUGCAUUUGUCGCUAAUAAUUUGAGAGUAUGUAGUCGGGAGGGAGGGUAUCUAUACUUCUAUCAUUCCCACGGCGGAUGUGUUGAGUCCACCUCAUAAUGCCCACUCAUCAAGGUUGUCAUCCCGAGUGAUGAAAGGCUCGUCAAUCCUCUUGAUGGCAAAGUCGCUGCAAAGAAUAC